AUGAGCAGCAACAGCAAUAGGAGAGCGCCAACCACAGCCACCCAGCGACUGAGACAGGACUACCUUCGGAUUAAGAAAGACCCGGUGCCUUACAUCUGUGCCGAGCCCCUCCCUUCCAAUAUCCUGGAGUGGCACUAUGUGGUCCGAGGCCCUGAGACGACUCCUUACGAAGGUGGCUAUUACCAUGGAAAACUGAUUUUUCCCAGAGAAUUCCCCUUUAAACCUCCUAGUAUUUAUAUGAUAACCCCCAAUGGAAGAUUUAAGUGCAAUACGAGGCUUUGUCUUUCCAUCACGGACUUCCACCCAGACACCUGGAACCCGGCCUGGUCCGUCUCUACCAUCCUGACCGGGCUCCUGAGCUUCAUGGUGGAGAAGGGCCCCACCCUGGGCAGCAUAGAGACGUCGGACUUCACGAAAAGACAACUGGCGGCACAGAGUUUACUGUUUAAUUUAAAGGACAAAGUCUUCUGUGAGUUGUUUCCUGAAGUCGUGGAGGAGAUUAAACAGAAGCAAAGAGCACAGGACGAGCUCAGCAGCAGACCCCCGGCGCUGCCCCUGCCAGACGUGGUUCCCGACGGGGACAUGCACCACGGCCAGCACGGGCUGCAGCUCCUCAACGGGCACGCGCCAGGGGCCGGGCCCCACCUUGCGGGCUUCCAGCAGGCCAACCGGCACCACGGACUCCUGGGCGGCGCCCUGGCGAACUUGUUUGUUAUCGUUGGGUUUGCAGCCUUUGCCUACACGGUCAAGUACGUGCUGAGAAGCAUAGCACAGGAGUGA